UCUAGCCGGCUAGAACAAACCGCCCUUUGGGUGACGUCAUAGUUCCUCGCCUCCCCGACCAAGAUUUAUGUAUUUAUUUUUGCAUUAAAAGUAUGACGUUCCGCUUCACUUUACUCUCAAAUAAGAAGAUAACAAGCUUGUUGGUUUUUAAAAAUCAAAAUACUGGAGUGGGAGGGAUCACUGACUUCCGGCCCAGAAGUCCCGCCUUCUGUCUUUUCCCUGACUGGGCGGAAGUGGCGUUACGGCGCGCGCGGCUGGGGAAGAUGAAUUGUUAUGCUUAGAAGAAUACCUGCGACAUACAUAGAUUUCGUAUCAGAGGUUAAUAAGUGGAUUAACAACAAAAAUGAAGAGUAGAUCAACACAGCCUGGUUCUAGAUACGAAAGAACAGAUGCUCACAGCCCUCGCCGGAGAAGUCCCUCUCCCGAAGUCAGGGACUCAGAACAUGGGAAGUCUUGGUCGUCACAAGGCAGAGGUUACUCUGAUCACAGCAGAUCUGACCAUGAACGUUCGGAAAAGAGCCGUUACAGUGAGAGAAACACAGAAGCAAAGAGAGGGGAGAAUAAAAGACAAGAAAGAGAGAGGGAGUCUGAUUGGCGAAAGUCCCGGAAGUCCCUUUCGCCUGAGACAAGAAAUACCCCUGAGAAAUCAGCUCAUGAUGAACCCCCUCCGAAAAGGAAGAAAGAGGACCUGGAUCCAAUUCUCACUCGCACUGGUGGCGCAUAUAUUCCUCCAGCCAAGCUCCGGAUGAUGCAGGCACAGAUCACCGAUAAAAACAGUUUAGCAUACCAAAGGAUGAGUUGGGAAGCACUGAAGAAAUCCAUCAAUGGUCUUGUCAAUAAAGUGAACGUCUCAAACAUUGAAAAUAUCAUCCAUGAACUUCUUCAAGAAAAUAUUGUCAGAGGAAGGGGAUUGCUGGCAAGAUCAAUUUUGCAAGCCCAGAGUGCUUCACCCAUUUUCACUCACGUUUACGCAGCAGUUGUAGCCAUCAUCAACUCCAAGUUUCCAAAUAUUGGGGAACUGAUUCUCAAGAGGCUCAUUCUGAAUUUUCGCAAAGGAUACAGAAGAAAUGAUAAGCAACUUUGUCUGACAGCUUCCAAGUUUGUUGCCCAUCUUAUGAAUCAGAAUGUGGCUCACGAGGUUUUGUGUCUGGAAAUGCUUACAUUGCUUCUGGAAAGACCUACUGACGACAGUAUUGAAGUAGCGAUUGGAUUCCUAAAGGAAUGUGGCCUCAGAUUGACAGAAGUGUCUCCUAGAGGUAUUAAUGCCAUCUUUGAUCGCCUUCGUCACGUUCUCCACGAAUCCGAAACCGACAAGCGGGUUCAGUACAUGAUAGAGGUCAUGUUUGCGGUGCGCAAAGAUGGAUUCAAGGAUCACCCAGUCAUUCCAGAUGGGCUGGAUCUUGUGGAGGAGGAGGAUCAGUUCACUCACAUGCUGCCUUUGGAAGAUGAUUAUAAUCCAGACGACAUUCUCAAUGUGUUCAAGCUGGAUCCUGACUUUAUGGAGAAUGAAGAGAAGUACAAAGCUCUGAAGAAAGAAAUUCUUGAUGAAGGCGACAGUGACUCAGGAACCGGUCAGGAUGCCGGAAGUAGUGAGGAGGAGGAGGAAGACGAAGAGGAGGAGGAAGAGGAUGAAGAAGGACAAAAAGUGACUAUCCAUGAUAAAACAGAAAUUAACUUGGUCUCCUUUCGGCGAACUAUUUAUCUUGCAAUUCAGUCAAGUUUAGACUUUGAAGAAUGUGCUCAUAAAUUGCUGAAGAUGGAUUUUCCUGAGAGCCAAACGAAAGAAUUAUGCAACAUGAUUCUCGACUGUUGUGCUCAGCAAAGAACGUACGAGAAAUUCUUCGGCUUACUGGCUGGGCGGUUCUGUAUGUUGAAAAAAGAAUACAUGGAAGCGUUUGAAGCCAUUUUCAAAGAGCAGUAUGAUACCAUCCACCGACUGGAAACAAACAAGUUGAGGAACGUCGCCAAGAUGUUUGCCCAUCUUUUAUACACAGAUUCAUUGCCGUGGAGUGUCCUUGAAUGCAUAACCCUAAGCGAAGAAACCACCACGUCAUCCAGUAGGAUUUUUGUUAAAAUAUUCUUCCAGGAACUCAGUGAAUACAUGGGACUUCCCAACCUUAAUGCAAGGUUAAAGGACGAAACUCUGCAGUCAUUCUUCGAAGGGCUCUUGCCUCGGGACAACCCAAGAAACACAAGAUUUGCCAUCAAUUUCUUCACAUCCAUCGGUCUUGGGGGACUGACGGAUGAGCUACGUGAACAUCUGAAAAAUGCACCAAAAAUGAUUAUGACCCAGAAACAAGAUGUGGAGUCCUCUGAUUCCUCCUCAGACUCUGAAACCUCUGAAUCAGGCAGCGGCACCGACAGCAGUGAUAGCUCGGGUUCUUCCAAUGAGAGCGAAACGUCAUCCGACAGCAGGAACAGCAGUGAUUCAAGUGUGAAAAGGAAGAAGUCUCAAAAGAAGAAAGCAGCCGACACGGGUGCCAGGAGAAAAGCGGGAAGUAAAAAUAAAGAGCUUGAAAAGAAAAAGGACAGGAGGCAACCCGAGUGGGAGAAUGAUGUGGAGAGAAGCCCAGAAAGGGACGCUGACAGAAAUUCAAGAGACCCAUCUCGGAGAGACGAUGCUUCAAAAAAACCAUCCUACGACCGAGAUUAUUACAGUGACAGGAACAGCUAUUGGGGUGGAAAGGACAGGGAUCAAGAAAGUGCCACUCCUUUAGAAAGCCGACACAGUCAUUCUAAAAAGAAAAGGGGAGAGAGAAGAAAUUCUUCUUCAGAUAAUGAAGGCAGGGACAGGCACUGGACUCAUGACAGUGAACCCCACAGAAGGAGAAAAGACAGAUCAAAAUCUAGAGAGAAAUCCCAUAACUAUCCUAGUCCAAGGGAUGAGGAGGAGGAGCGUUAUCGAAAUGGCUCGGAGAAGAGCCUGCAGAAGCACAGCCGAUAUGCUGAGCAAUUAAGAGAGUCAAGGAAAAACGAAGAUAGGCGAAGGCACAGGGAGGAUUCCCCACGCAGGCGCAAGUGAUGCUGAUAGACCGAUGAAAUGGUUUUUCCUUCAGAUGCAAACUGUAAAUUUUUAUUAACAUUCUGAAGUCCCAUAUUGUAGAAAGUUCCUUUUGUAUAAAGUCCUUCUUUCUAAACGUGAUUGGGCUUUUUAUAAACUUUUCAGUAUGUCUUUUUAUGAUCGCUGUGACCGCUAAAACCUUCUGCUUCUCUGGUGUUUGCGUCAAAGAAAAACCAAACCCUGUUUAUUUUGUUAAUAAAAAAUGUUUAAACAUUGAA